AUGUGCAUUUCGACGAUGCUGUUCGUAUUCGUUGUCGCGUGCUUAGUGAGCGCAGUGUCCGCGCAGGACGUCCGCGCCCGCGAGGACACACCGCUUGUUGGCGAACGCAGAGCGCCGGAGGCUCGCUAUCAAGAAGAUUUCGGAAAUGUUGCAGCUCGAAUCAUAGGAGGACAAGUCCCCGCCGAUAUUACGAAGUACUCACACGCUGUUGCCAUAUUUAUGGUGCAAGGAGGGAACGAAUAUUUCCGUUGCGGCGGAACGCUAAUCACUGAUACGCACGUACUGUCAGCUGCGCACUGUUUUUUUGACGACGCAGGCGUGUCAAACGUUGAUGACUACUCCGCGGUUCAUGUCAGAUUGGGCGCUCAGGAAGAUGUCUAUGCAGGCGUAACGUCAUACGUGACGCAAAUUAAUGGUCAUCCGCAGUUUGAUGGCUCUAGCUUUGACAAUGACGUCGCCGUCCUCACCCUCGCAUCACCGGUCGAUGUUCAAAUGUAUGUGCCAGUCACUCUGUCGUGGGAUCCGUCCGACGUCGUCGCAGAGGGGCAAAUCAUGGGGAAAAUCGUCGGAUGGGGAACGCGAGAGGAUGGUAGACUUAGCUCCCAACUUAUCGAAGGCGACGUACCGAUUGUAUCACGCGCUCAGUGCACUUCGGCUGGUUCAUACAACCCUGCAGAUAUUUUGCCCAGCCACAUUUGCGCGGGUUACGUGGAGGGAGGCAUCGACUCGUGUCAGGGCGACAGUGGUGGUCCUUUGUCAGUGAAUUCGAAACAAGUUGGAAUUGUGAGCUGGGGAGAUGGAUGCGCGUUGGCUAGGAAAUAUGGCGUAUAUUUUCACGUCGCUGCGAGUGAGGGGUUCAUCGGCUUAGCUACCGAUUCGCGCGUGUACGAGUGGUCGCCGACGGACGGAUCCAUCCCAUCGCCACCACCGACGCCGUCGCCUCCGUCGACGCCUCCACCGCUAGGAUUAUUUCCGUUCCCGAUGCUUUCUCUCUUCUCUCUCUUCUCAUUUUGA